AUGACAUAUCCAUCAUCACCAUCAAGGAUGAAGCGGCGAGAUGCGACCAAGAUCUCGCUAGCGGUUGUUAUGAUAAUUGUAUUCUUUAACUUAUCAGGUUACUACUACCUCUCAUUCGCAGACGAUUCAGACCGACAGGAACACACAUUAGAAAUUAUAGGAAAAUAUUCCACAGAAGAAGACUCUUUAGAGGACUACACAGAGAUUAGUUUCGGUGGGCAUCUGGAUAAGAUCUCUGUCGAUACCAAAAACUUUCAUCAACCUGAGCUUCAAAUUCCCCUUAAAAACUCAGAAUCAGAAUCAGAAAUUAAUAAUGAUGGAAUUUUAGAUAAGGAGCUCGAAGAGCUGGAGACAAAUCUUAAAAGGGUUAAUCAGAUAAACAAAGAUGUGACUGCUCGAAAUAAUGCACCAGAUAUUGUUAAAAACUAUCAGCAUGACGAAAAUGAUGAGCUUGUUGGAAAUAAACAUCAUGAGGAAAAUGAUAUAAACAACUCUAUAUAUUCGGGUAAUAAUGUUCCUGAGAUAAAUCACGGGGAUCAGUCACGUGAUGAUACUUUAAAGUUAUUAAGAGAAGUGCAUAAUCUUCCUCAGUCUGAUCAUAAGAAUGAGAUAAUCAUCGAGCCUAUUGAGGAUUCCACCCCAUCACAAAAACCUAAUCAAGUAUUAUCCGACGUUAUAGAAGAUGAAAAUUCUAUUGAAAAAAAUGAACAGGGCGUUGGAACAGGUCCAGAUAGGCUUGGUCAAGAAACAAUACUGGAAAGAAAUAAUGAUGAGCCGAUAAACAAUGACUGGGAAAAUAACUGGGACAAUACAAAUGAUGAUCCGAUCCCUAACGAUUCAGAAGAUAACGAUAUAAGUCAUAACUAUCCAGAUGAUAAAGAUGUAAUUAUUGAGAAUGGCGCGGAAUCAAACAAAGACGUAUACCCUAUUAGUGAUCAGAUAAAAGAAACGGGGCUAGACUCGGCGGAUCUGGACGCCACGUACAAUCUGACGAGGGUCAAGAACGUGGACCUGCACAAUCUUAACUUCCUGGAUAACUACUACCGCUACAAUUACAAGGCUAUAGAGAAGAGAAUACAGGAGAGAAUGGAGAAAAUAAGAAACUUAUGCCGGGAACCAAACAUUGAACGAGGCAGACAGGGCUUCCAAAGGAGAUACAACAUGUACCAAAUAAGUGAACUAGGAAUGUCGUGGUGUCCAGUAUUCAAGUCAGGCAGUACCACGUGGAGGAAUUACUUUAUAACCAAGUUGGUAAAGGAACCCCCCGAGGAGUAUUACCUGGAUCUUCUGAAGAGCAGGCAGCUUACCAAUGUAAAAAAACUAAGAAAAACAUCAGAGGGGAGGCAGUUGUACAAAGAUGAGAACGAGGAUAAUGUUAGAUUCUCUGUUAUCCGGCACCCCUACUCUAGAUUGGUGAGCCACAUAAAGAGCUCAGGUCGGGACCAGGAGAUGGUUAACCAGCAGGGUAUCUGGAUACAAAGUGCCAUGAUGGAGGCCAGAACACGGUCCGUUACUAACCACUCUCGCAUCUCCGAGUUCAAGGCGGAGUUUAUCAAGUACUUUCAGUGGCUAAAAGACGGGAAGCCAGGAGGCGAGUUUAACAAGUCAGCAGAUAAUCCUUAUUUAGAUCCGCCCUACCCUAAAUUAUCAGAGAUGAUCGAUCAUAUAAAAAAAAAACGACAAUCACGCAACGACUGGGACGGCCACUGGAUGCCUGGCCACGAGUUCUGCGACUUCUGCCACCACUCCUUUAACUACAUUAUAAAACUAGAGGAGGAACCGCUGGAGCUAUGGUUCUUAGUGGAUAAACUGGGACUUUGGAAUGACAGAGGAGUGUUUUUAAAUAGAGCAAAUAGCUCGACUAGGAAGUCAACUGAGAUGUUGGAGGUAUGGGAGCAGAUAAGGAAGUUGAGUGAGAUUCAGCGCGAGUUUAUUGAAAAUCAUUUUGAUGUGGACUUUAGGAUGUUUGAUUAUAAGCGGAGAAAAGAGGGAGAGUUAUAGGUUUUAAUGUUUUGUGAUAGGUUUAUUAAAUCGGUUUAUUUGUUAUGCUGGUUUUAUAAAAUGUUUUCAAACUAUUUAA